AGCCUCUAAAAUGUAGUGGAGUAGAAGUACAACAUGAGUUUUUGUUCCACAAAACAUUUUGUAACUUCUGUCCCUUCAGAAUGAUGUUGAUGGUUCAGUGUCUUGUAACAGGGCAGAUGUGUCUCAGCCACUCCGCCACCACUUGUUUCUGCAUUGUGUAACUUUAGUGAGAGGGUAGGGUCACAGCAGUAUAUCUGUUUUCAGAAAUGACGUAAUGAGUUUUGUUUGUAGUGAGUGCCUACAUUACAUCUGACAAAUUUUUACAGACCUGGGAUUUGUAUCUACGACAGUGGUGCCGUACACAACUGUACGUAGUGGAAUAACCCCCUUUGGUUCUUUAAGGUGUAGAUCUGCUUGUUGGAGAGACAUUUGGGAGAUUAACCUGAAAUGUUAGUACAGUUUGCUCCAUAGACCACAUAUGUUACACACAUCCUGGCAGCGAGGCAUAUGUGUUUGAGCUCGAGGUUUUAAAUUUCUGUCCGUUUCUACUCAAGCGGCCCUUCCUCGUCUUGAUCUGCCUUGGCUAUUCCUGGUACGCCUUUUUCAUCAAGUGAAGGAGCGGUCAUAUUUCUCUUGAGUAGCACCUCUACUCCUGCAGAAUACCAAUAAGUCGUACAUCGGGCCUGGAAUCAAUAUGAUCCUUUUCAAAUCUGUAUUUAUUCCUCUCUCCGAUUGUCUUUCAGCCAUAGAAGCUCCGCUCUGCUGUAGGACAGUGAAGGGGCUGGCGAGGGAGGGAGGACGUGAGGGGAAUGUGAGGGCGGUCGGACUUGGGGAUCAAGUGUUCUUUUGGUUCUAGUUUGGAUAAGAGGUGGUCUCAGGACUUUGGAUGACGGGAAACCAGCUCGAGUCUAAUUUUGCUCGUAUCGCUGCGGCGUUUUCCUGCAGUAGAAGCUUUUGUCGUCCAUCCUGCUGUUAAGUUUUGUGUAACUUUCUACUUUUUUUUUUCUACCGGACCGUUUGCCAUUCAUACACCUGCACAUGGCUUGAGAAACGUGUUUGAUCUCGGUGACGUCAGCAGGGUCCCGACAAGACCAGGAAACGACUCCCUCCCUUUUUCGGCCGGAGGAGUGAUGUCAUCGCAGGGGAGAGCGUGAGGUUGGCUGAGGCUUCAUUGAGCUUGACGUUUUAUUACUGAGACCGCCAGAUGUAUGACCACAUGCAACAGUCAGUGCGAGGACACAGACUGGGAAAAGUGUGCGCCAAAUAACAUGGGAACACGUCUGUGGCUGUGAGUGUGAGGCAAAGGCACGCACACACCAAAAGAGACAGAGAUGCAGAUAGAAAUCUAGAGGGGAAGAGGGACAGCAUGAGUGUGCAUGCUGAUGGGGAUAGGAGCGUGUGGAGCUACAGAGCUGCAGAAUCCUGAAUCCACCAGAUGGAGACUCCGUGUCCUUGUUUUGCGGUGAUCUGUGGGAGCAACAUGCAGCUCGCGCCGCUGCCUCGCACUGCAGCAGUGGAGGAGUAAAUGCGGAGCCCAACACUGCUCCAGGUGAUCCACAGCAGCCCAGCCCGGCAGACUGCUCCCUCCUCAGCCUUCCCUCUCCUCCUCCUCCUCCUCUUCCUCCUCCUCCUCUUCCUCCUUCUCCUCCUCCACCUCCUCCUCCACCUCCUCCUCCUCCUCCUCCUCUUCCUCCUCUGUCAGUGCUCCGUUCCUCUGAGGGCUUUGAAAAAAAUUACAAGAAAGGAGCUGAAAAACAGAGGAGAAAUCCUGCUUUCCCCCUCCAUGCUCAGAUGUGAAACACCUCUGCAUGACUGUCCGCCGCUUCCCUGUCAUCGUGUGAAGACGCACCGCAUAUGUGCUCCAAUGUCUCCGGAACAUAGACUCGCUGCAAGACCAGAAGUUUUCUCCUUGGUCCCCGUCUCGAAAGUUCAAUGAAGGCAGACGCCUCCCUCCAGCCAGGAACAUGAAGGGCUUAUCGGGCAGCCGAUCCCAGCACCAGAUCCCUUUACCCUAUGGCUUGGACUAUGACCCCCACGUCCAUGACCUCCACACUCACCAUGGCUCUGAAUCCCGCCACUCGUCCUACCUGCUCAGCCCCACAGAGAGCUGCCCCAUGGACUUCCACCACCGCUACUCGCCGCGCAGCUCCAUCCACUCUGACUGCAUGAUGAUGUCCCCUGUCAUGAUGCCCCCAGCUGCUCCAUCUGACCACAUCUCCAGCAGCACCUUCCCCAGAAUGCACUACAGCUCUCAGUAUUAUGACUCCGCCACACGGGACGACUGCGCUGCCAUCACAGCCUCUGCCACCUCCCCAGCUGUUGCUGCUGCUGCGGCCGCUGCAGCCGCCUCCUCCCAUCUUGCUGGCACCAAGAGCAACCGCCUUCCUGCUAACCUUUUAGACCAGUUUGAGAAACAACUGCCACUACACCGCGAUGGCUUUCACACGUUACAGUACCAGCGAUCCACCACCACUGAGCAACGUAGCGAGAGUCCUGGCCGCAUCAGACAUCUUGUUCAUUCUGUCCAGAAGCUCUUCACCAAGUCCCACUCGCUGGAGGGAUCAUCCAAGAUGAAUGGCACAAAAGGUGAUAUGGUAGGAGGUGGAUCAGGUUAUCACCAUCAUGGCCACCACUCCACCAAACACGGUAGCAAGAGGAGCAAGAGCAAAGAACGCAAGCACCGCUCCGGCGGAUGGUGGAGCUCCGAUGACAACCUGGAUAGUGACAGCACCUACCGCACACCCAGUGUCAUGUCGCGGCAUCACGGGGAACAUGUCAGCCACUGCUACCCAGAUUCCAUGCACAGCCACCACUUCGGAGACCUGUCACUCAAGACCUCUAAGAGUAACAAUGAUGUCAAGUGCUCAGCCUGUGAGAGCAUGGCCAUGGCGCCUGAGGGCAAAUUCAUGAAGAGGAGCUCCUGGUCGACACUGACAGUCAGCCAGGCCAAGGAGGCCUAUAGGAAGUCAUCACUUAAUCUAGAAAAACCCAUGAUGCACACAGACCUCAAGCCUUCGCGGACAUGUCACUACCUACAGGUGCCCCAGGACGAAUGGAGUGGAUACCCAGGAGAUAAGGAUGAGGAAAUCCCGUGUCGGCGAAUGCGCAGCAGUAGCUACGUCAAAGCUAUGGGGGAGGUGGAUGAUGAAAGUGGUGACUCUGACACCAGCCCCAAGACCUCCCCACAGAAGGGCAUUCGGCCUGAUGCUCUUGUCCUCAAAUCAGCCAUGCAGAGACCCCAUUUAGACUCCCAAAGCCAGGGCUACCACUUGCAAACCACAAGAGAUAUGCGGCCCCACCCUAGUGUCACGCUGGACCCUGCCUCCUUUCAUCCCCCACCCUUCCGCUCUCGCAACCAGAGCUACAUGCGCGCCGUCAGCACCCUCAGUCAGGCUAGCUGCGUCAGCCAGGUGAGUGAGACUGAGAUCAAUGGCCAGUUUGAGUCAGUUUGCGAGUCCGUUUUUAGUGAAGUAGAAUCCCAGGCCAUGGAGGCCUUGGACCUGCCUGGUUCGUUCCGCACUCGAAGCCACAGUUACCUCCGUGCUAUUCAGGCUGGUUAUUCCCAAGAUGACGACUGCUUGCCUUCAAUGACAUCCUCCACUGUCACUUCAACUCUCAGAUCCACAACAGGGAUUCAGUUUCGUCUCCCUACUUCUUGCAGUGUGGACCGCGCUCAUCCACCUCCAGCGGUAUCAUAUCCUCCCAGUUACAAGAAGACUCCACCUCCUGUGCCCCCGCGCACCACCACCAAGCCUCUUAUCUCUGUGACAGCCCAGAGCAGUACAGAGUCCACCCAAGAUGCCUACCAGGAGGGCAGGCAUCCACGGGGCGGUCUGUGGACCACGGAUAGCCUUGGCCGUCCAAUCUACAGCUCCAUGGACAGCCUGGACAGCACUAAGGCGGUCACCAUGGCCAUGGAGUCAGCAGCAGGCAAGAGGCAUGCGUCUUUGGGCAGCCACACCUCCGUCCAGACGUGCGACAAAGCAGUGUUGGUGUCAAAGGCCGAGGAGUACCUCAAAACCCCACGUUCCUCUAUCGGGAUACAGGUGGAAACUGUUACAGACUCUGAGACUGAAAGUAAAGGCCUUCCUCAGUUCCAUUCAAUAGGAAUCCAGGUGGAGGAUCAUAAACGGCAUGGGAGAUUCAAGCGGUCAAACAGUGUAACCACUGCGGUACAAGCAGACAUGGAAUUGGAGGGCUUUCCCUCCAUGGAGGACAAGGGCUUGCAGUUUGGCGGUGCCUUUGGUCGCCACUCUGAGCCCAGCACCCCCACGCAGUAUGGCGCCAUCCGUACGGUGCGCACACAGGGUCUGUUCAGCUACAGGGAGGACUACCGGCCUUCCAGCGGGCCUUCCAGCCCUCAGCCCGAACCCUGGCUGGUUGAACCCAGUCUGGAGAGCGCGGAAACUGGCCGUGUGUCCCCCAUCCGCAGGGACGGCAGCUGGUUCAUGCAGCUCCUUCACAAUGAAACCAAGCGGCUUGAGGGAUGGUGCAAAGAGAUGGAGAGAGAAGCAGAGGAGCAUGACCUGUCAGAGGAGAUCCUAGGAAAAAUCCGGAGUGCAGUGGGAAGUGCCCAACUACUAAUGUCUCAAAAGUUCCAGCAGUUUUACUGGCUCUGUCAGCAGAAUCUGGACCCCAGUGCCAUGCCCAGACCCACAUCUCAGGACCUGGCUGGAUUCUGGGACCUCUUGCAGCUUUCCAUCGAUGACGUCACUGCCAAGUUUGAUGAGCUGCAGCAGAUCAAGAGCAACCAGUGGCAGCUGGUGGAGAGCCCAGAGAAGAAGGAGCGGAAGUGGCCACCACCUCUGCCAAAGCGGCCAGCCAGGGGACGUGGCGGUAUAAUGCGAGAGCGCUCUCUGGACCUUCAGGACCGCCAGCGGCAGGAAGCUCGCAGACGCCUCAUGGCUGCCAAACGGGCAGCUUCUUUCAGACAGAACUCAGCCACAGAGAGGGCAGACAGCAUCGAGAUCUAUAUCCCUGAAGCCCAGACACGGCUUUGAGGUCCACGGAUUCAUCCUCAGCUCCUCUUGUGCACCUCCACCCAACACCAGCUCGUGGCGUCACAUCCAGCCUCCUCCCACUGUCAUCUCCGGUCACUGCUAGACCGCUGUUUCAUCAUCUGUUGCCAUUCUCUGGGCUGUCCCUACUGAAGCUACACUAGGCAAGAUGUCGAUCAAAAAUGCAUCCUUUUUUAAUCAGCCUAAAUGACAACGUGGCACUGCCAUAGGGAAGAGCACCUCAGCUUCCCUGAGUGAGGAGUCAGGUGAGUCAACUGAGUCAGGUUUGGACACUCAAUGCCCACAUAAAGUAAUAAUUAAAACAUUUAAAAUGAAGCCCGACACUGAGAAACUGGACACACCAGCGUUACAUCUUCUUGACUUUUUGGUAUUAAACCUGAACACAGGCCAGCUGGAUUGGCAAACAUGAGCCACUAACAUGUAAAGUUGCCUAGUGUAGCUUUAAACCCAUGAGGGACUCUUUGCCAGAGGUUCUGCACCACGAGAAUGAGCUGCUGUAACCCGAAAUCAGCAUUUUACUUUUAUUUAUUUUUUUUUUACCUGCAUUAAUUCAUGUUAGUGAUAACUUGGUUAUAGCAAUCACUGGUAAACCCCCUCCAUCUUCUCCAUUGUUGGCAUCGCCCCGCUGUGAGUUAGGUUAAUGGUAUACCUUCCACAUUCAAAGGGAAACACAAAGUGCAACUUUUCUAGAGUUUCUCACCAGCAACAAUGGUCCUGGGCUGAAGCACCCUGUGUGAAGGAACAACGGCAGCAGAGACUGAUGUUCCCCACUGUCUCAGUGAGGUGAUGAAGCCUUUUAAAAUUAAUAUGUCACUCAACCCAAUCGCUAGAAUACAUGUUGCCAUUAGGUGUUUUUUUGCAAACGACAGAUAUGUUCAACUUGUACUUUUUCUAUAUUAAAUUUGGCCUGUUACUACUCUGGGAUGGCUGGGUGGAUCUUAGUAGGACUUCUCCCCAAGAGACUGGGUAUUGUGAAGUGUCAGCAUUGAUUUGUUUUACAUUACAGAACGUAAGUUACAUAAGUGAUGUGAUCUGAAUGUUAUUUUAAAAACAGAGCAGCAUAUUUUUAUGAAGCUAACCAAUUAGUAGUGGGGCCUAAACCUAACCAAACCACGAUUGUUUGACAACGUAGAUUACAGUCCAAAAGUCACAUGUCAUGUCUAUUAUGUGAAAUGUUUUUCAGCAAGCUUUAUUUUGAAAGUCCAACCAGACGUUAUAAGUAGAGUUUGUGCCUAACUUAUCAUAUCCUAUCACAAAGAUACGAAGGAACUUUAUGUUUUGUUUUGUUUGGUUUGGUUUUUUUUCCAAAUUUUAUGUUGUGACAACACUAUGGUAGAGGUCUGGUUAGGUUUUGGCUUGAAACCCCUGGUUUUGUUGACUCUGAAGAGGGCUGCAAAAUGUCCGGAUGUUUCAUUAAACAUUUCCAGUCUUGUUGCCCCAAAAAGUCAACUACUCCUUAAAAACACUUCCUGUUGAAGUGGAUUCAAACAGCUGUCUUGAGCUCUGCAGCUGUCUCACCAAGCUGCCAUGUCAUCACCAUUUUCCUGAUAACGAAUGUCAGCUUAUAUACAUGUAAUCUAAAUUUAAUAUGAUAGUUAUAAAAAGUACAAAUUUAACAUUUCCACAGUUUGCAGAAAUAUACAGUACUAACCGUUAGUUGAUCAAUGGCUUUAUUUCCUGCCAAUUUGUGGUUAAAAAUUCAGAGGUGUUUCAAAUGUUUGACAGCAUGUAUGGGAUGCUGCACAACUGUCCUCUUUAUUCUCUCUCUAGCUAAGUAUCAUCUAUCUAUCUUUAGGCAGGAAUGCUGCAGCUGUUGACCAGUGUUGCUGAAUGAGUUCUGAAGAAGUCUCGUAAUCAUCGACGAUCAUUUCGGCAUUUACCCUCUUUCACUCAUGACAUUACAUCCCCUCUUUAGGACUAGACAUUUUUUAAGCUAUGUACGUUAUUUGCUGCUGGAUGCAUUUCCAUUGCAGAACAAAUAUGAAUUAUUAACAAAAAAGACAGUUUUGCGCAGCUUGGAAGAGGUGACUGUAUCAGACAAUGCAUUUUGCACCUUAUAAUAUUCAUGUUUGUAUUUCCAAGGGAAAUGUAGUUUAUGAAGCUCAUGUGAUAUUGUUGCAGUUGAAUUGCAAGGACAGAAAUGGGAAAUUUACUACAGAAUUUCAUGUUACUCUACAGGUCAUAUAAACUGCACCUUGUGUUUGUUUUGUUUUUCAUUUCUUUCUGACGGCGUUCAGGCCUCUGGUAACUACAAUAUUGUGAUUCUAACACUUUUAAUUAUACUUACAGUAUCUAUCACAUGACCAACAUCACAAUCUACAGUAUUACAUUUAGUAUUUAUAGUUGAAACAGUUGUGGGUUGAUUUGACAGUGCAUUUGUCUUGCUUAUAAAGGGACAGAGACCAUAUCUCAUAACACACUGCAUCCAACCUUUUGUUCCCAGUGGGGCAUAAAGAAAAAACACUUGUGUUGUUAUUUUUGAUCUGCUCAUGUAGUCUAGGAAAGACAGGUGCAAAUGACACUUUAACAAUAUUCAGUUACUAUAGUAAAUGGUGCUGCUUUUUACUCUAAACUGUUGUCCUUUACCCAGUCCUAUGUGCACGCACACACACACACUCAAGGACUUUUUAAACAGAGAUUUAUUAAUAUGGUGCCCGCUGUCUCUCCGAUGACUUGUGGUAGAUUGUGACUUUAGAAAAGAUCAUCUUUGCAAUGCUCUUGCCCUCAGUGAUGUAAAUGAGGAGAAGGUUUUGUGGUUUCACUUCCUUUUUAACAUGCAAAGAGGUCAGGGACUAUUUAUUUAUCAGACGGGAGAGAUUACAGGCUUCGACAUUCCACUGACCUUGAAGUAAAAAUCUAAUAUGCCCACCCUGAGCCAAGGGCAUACAGCGCUACAGCUAGCUAAACAAACCUGUCCAUAUUUUAUACCACAUAGACAGUCUUUCCCCGACAUUUUGCAGCACACGCCCACUCAUCCUCAUUUGCCAAAAACCCAAGCUGACAAAAACAAGUGUUGAUAUAGGGCCACUAGAUUUAUGCUGCAGUACAGUGUGUAAUGUUUUCCAUUUUAUUGUAAUCAGAAUGAUGCUCAGUAGGGGGAGAGAGAUCAGUCUGUGUGCUGUAAAUACUUGCGCGAGGCAGUGAGUCGUACUUGUCAGGAGGGGUUUUAUUUUGCUCGAGGUUGAGGCUUGACCUGAAGCUGAAGCAUUUUCCUUUGUGACGUGUACAUCAGUGCUAAAUCUGAAACCCUUACCUUACCAGACGGCCUUAACCAAACCACUCAUGAAUGUAGAGCCCCUAACGAUGCAAAAAAACAAAACAAAACAAAAAAAACACACACACACACAUGAGCAGGUGCUGGAAAAUCCAACUGAAUUAGACAGACGACAAUUCACUCCCAAACCUUUACUUUUUUUGGUUUAUUUAACUCUGAUUUAUUUAACCGGUUUAAUUGGAUAUUCUCUCAUUUCAAUUCAUGUAGAAAUCUGGAGUUUUUCUUGGAUCAAUCCAUGCCGGUCCCAAGAAAUGAUAUAAUUACUUGUCGUUCACAAUUCAAAUACAGCCUGAAUUGGCUCUGUGAAGGUCCUCGUGCAGUAUAUAAACUAUGAACUAUAUUUUGUGAUACAGAGAGUUCUAUACGAAGACUUUAAACUCACCAAUUUUCCGUGGAUGUUAGAUUUAUAUGCACCGAUUUAUAUACUAACAAGACAUAUUCCAUCUUCUUUUUGAGUCUCAUUCUCAACUCGUCAAAUUAUUGGCAAUGUCCAACAAAAGCCUCAGUACCUGGCAAGUUUUAGUUGUAUGUCCCUACAUUGUGUAGGUAGCAUGCUGCAGCAUAAGGACUGAAGAAUAAUUUGCCUGCAAACGUCGAGUGUGUUGUGUCGUUACAGAAAUUGACAAGAUGAGAACUUACUUUUAAGUCCACCAUUUUCUUUCAUUAAGGGGCUGUACCUCCAGCUUUGAAACACGCAUUUCAAAUUGUAUUCCAAAGACUCUUCUCACACAUUGUUGCUGAUUUCAAUAAAUUACGUCCCUCAGACAGGAAGUCUCUGAGCAUUUAGCCCUCUCCUUCACACUCGCUUGCAAGAAGAGGCUGACGAUUCAUUUCCUGCAAAUGUUUUCUAUUCGGUCUAUUUCUGUCCUUUCAAUGUUGGUCAACAAGAAUAGAACACUCUUCCCGUGGCAAUUUCCUGUAGAGAUGACGGAGUUGGUAUAGUGGCACUUGCUAUGGUCUUCAUCUAUUCUCCACGACAUCUGUCUAAAACAUUCUGUACUUUUUCUACAACAUGAGAUUUAUCUACCAACAUUAGGCGAUUUGAGAGAAAAUGCCAUCCUCCUUGUUAGCAUGAUCAAAAUGCAUCCCUAUUAGCAGAGAGAGUGCAGGGGCAGAGGGGUUGUUAAGGUGAAUGUGUUAGUCUAGUCUGGCUGACUUAUUGAUCCUAGAUCCAAUCUGAGUUUUCCGACCGUCAGCAUCUAUAGCCUGUGGCUCUGAAAAGAAAAGAACCAAACGAACCAGGGAAAUCCAACCUGCUCUUUCACACGAGAAAUAUUAUUAUAUACCUCCAACUAGAAUUAUUAUUUAUUUAAUGAAAAAUUAUAAAUGUGUAUAACUAUAGAAAUUUAAAGAGAAGCAGUAUUUAUGUAUGACAGAUAAAAAAUAAGUUUAUUUAUAACCAGAAGGACACUCAGUAGAGUGUAUACCUCCACCAAGGCCCAACAGUCCCCUUUUAAGAUAUAAUAUGUAGGAAUUCUGCAUUAAAUGAUGACUAUAUGUCUGCUGUAUGUUUGUCGAGUUGUGUGCUUGUUACUUGUAACAUAAUCCCGAAUGUUCCCAAAAAUAUUCAGACCUUGAGAAAUCCACAAGUUCACUCAAAGUAAAGGUCGCUACUUCAGACAUAGGGAAAUUGGCGAACACGAGUCUUCACAUGCAUUAAACUUGAAGACAUCACAAGCACAUUUCCCCUCCAGCUCCAGUCAGCCGUCGCUGCUGCAGUCAGGUUGAUAAACAGGAGUGAAGUUAAUCAGCUUUUUAAUCCAAGUAAUCUUGCAAACGUCUCCGGGUCAGAACAGAAUCUGAUGGGACCUCGGGGUGAUUAUUCCUCCAGAGAUUCUAACACCUAAAAUAUGGUGAAAGAUAUCUUACAGUGUUAAAGAAAGUGAGAGGAUUAUUAAAUCUAAUCCUGCAAAACAUGUUUUAAUAUUAACAUUAAAAACAAGCAUUAAAAAAAAUUGGUAUACAUUAUCUAAAUGUUGGGAUAGUCAUUAGAACAAAAUAUCAGCGUCUUCACUCAUUUGAAUACUGUCUGCUUUGAAAUGUUAAAAUCCUCAUUUCUUUAUCUGGUUCCUCCCUACCUAAAUUUUGCCCUCAGAGGGACUAACAACAACCUCUCUGAGUAAUGAAAACAGUUGAUGGGGCUACUUUAACAAUCCAGCAGCUCUUCCACCUGACUGAAAGUCAUGCAAAUCGAGUCUACUUCCUACAGACUGCAUACUGUGAUUCCAUCAUGUGUAGUGCUUAAUAAUCCGCGUCGUCAUCAAUUCUGGGCUUUCCUUCAAAAAGAGCUUUUUUGCCUUUUUGUAGUUUCAACCACGUAUUUUCCACUGAAGGUCUCUUGGAUCUCUUUUCCAACCAUAAGUAAAAACAUGUAGUGGGCAGGAGGUGAAGAGGUUGGCUUUAGCGCAGAAAAAGUAAAUUGUGCCACCAUCGAAGUGUAACUAAAGUUGGAGAGGGACAGGAAAGGGAGUAACAGGAACCAGACUCACAACCUCACCGGCUUGAACAAAAAAUGAUGUCACUUCAGCUGUUUUGUUUUUUUUGCACCAAUCACCUGAUAACAGACACAAAGAUGUCCUCAGCUGCUGCGAGUGACGUGUGACGUUAAACACAUAUGCCGACAGAAUUACAGAUACUAAGCAAAUGUGUUUUUGUGGUAUCAUGGCGGGGCUAUUCUAUAAUCAUGGUACCAUUAUCCUGUUGUUGUAUGUUUGAAGAUUACUCCUCAUCAGCAUCUCUGAUAAAAUGCUAAAUACUUCUUUUUCUUCUUUUCUUUUCUUUUUUUUUUUGCGUCUGUCUGUGUCUCAUUUUUUCACCCACGAUGCUACGAGGGGCUUACGAGUUUGGCAAUUAUGUACAUGACAAAUCCUCAGGUGCCUUACAGUUUGAUUCUCAUAGGACUCUGUGAGUGAAUGUUUUGGGGUCAAGAUACAGUUACAUGAAAAGGACUGCAACACCUCUUAAAAGUGCAGGUUUGUCCGUAAUACCAUUACCAAGGGCUGGAAACUGGGCUGGGUCACACUGCAGAAUUUAAAAAUGUAUAUUUGACUUAUCCAAACGUCCUACUGUAAUAACCUUCAGCACAAUACAGUCUAGAGGAUAUCCAAGGAGGAUCUGCUAACAUUUGUUUUCCUCUCUUUGGUUUUCCGACCACACAGAUGUUCUGCUACGAUUCACCACGAAGCGGUUACGUGUUUAGAAUUUAAUUUACGUUUUGACAUCGAAACAAAGGGAACUUUUAAGAAAAAAAUAAUAAUCUGGAUUUCUGUGAGUGGAUAUGACGGUGUAACGCGCAUCUGCAUGUCACAUCCAUUUCAGCAAAUCGUCAAAAAAAAAAAAAAAAAAAAGGUCUUUAUCUAUUUCUCCUCCUCGCUGUGAUAUUGUAACAAUCUUUUUUAUUUUUUUUUGCCUUUUUCGGCGUCGACAUCGGCAGAAAUCUGGAGACUGACAAAACUUGACCAGCCAAAAAGUGCAAUAGUGUUUUCAUACAACUGCAGGCAGGCUCUCACCUACAGCUAUUUACCUCACAGUUAAGUGUUUUUAGCGAAACAUGGUGUAUUAGGAGUAGUUGUGACCUCCACAGGAACACUUUGUCAUGCCUGUGUACUAUGCAGCAGUACUUCUGUGGGGCGGCAGAGCUUGCGGGAUCCAGUGCAGAUCGCCUGUCAUUUUACGGUGCACUGAGAGCACGCCGUCCAUUGUGCUUUACACUACAGGAGCAAAAACACGUGCUGACGUUGUCACCCAGCACUCGAUUCUACACAGUUUAUCCAUGACCUCUCAGUUAGGUUUUACUUUAUGCUGAUGAAAAAAAAAAGGAAAGAAAAAAAAAAUUGUUGUAAAGAAAACGUCGGCAAACUUACAGUACUACCCACACACGCAGAUGUGAUAAGUUCAUUUGCCAGGGUUUUCCCCCCUGUUUAUGUCACUACUCCAGACGUGUGUUUUCUGCUUUAUACAUCACAGAUCGCAGCACCUUUUUUUUUUUUUUCAUCGUUUAAUAGCCGUCUUGAAGAUAAACCUCAGAGAAGUCUGUAUAGGUGCUGAAUCAAUCAACUUCUCUCCUGGUACUUUUCUUUUUUUUCUUUGUUUAUUCUGACAAUCAGCACACACCAAAAGCAUCAAACGCACACACGCAUAAAUACACGCAACAACAGCAGCGUCGUGAUAUAUCCUCAAGACAGAGCCCUGAGUUUUCCUCAUCUCGAGGAUAUCUUUACAGUCUUUUUCAACUGAGGCUCCAUUAAAGUUUUCACGGAAAAAGCUUUUCUCCUUGUUUCUGAUACAGUUGCACUGCAAAGAUGUCUUUCUAACUGCUUGCUCUCUCUUCUCAUAAACUAUGUGACCUUUGAUCAGUUGUCUCGAGACAAACAGCAGUCGAGUGGUAAAUUGUGGACUGUAUCUGAUGUCACGCUUGCAUUAAUACUGGGCUGCACGAGAGUGUGUCUGCUCCCCAAGCAAUAAGCCUAAUUUAGAUGGUUUGGCUUUUUCAUCCUGAUCUUUUAGACCUCCGACGAACCUAAAUCUGCAGGAUGUUACAGUGCUGUUCAGGUGGUUUGACACUUUUGGAAACGUGCAUGUUUGUUUUCUUUGCAAGAGUCGAUUAGGUUGAUUCAUACCACUCAGCUAACAUUACAGCUAGCAGUUAACUAGCUAGCUUAAAGACUGGAAAAGGGGAAACAUCAAACCUGGCCGGCAAUGCCUAUAUAUUAAAAGGAUAUAAUAUAUAAUAGUAUAAUAUAACUUAUUUGUGUGUCACGGUGAAAAUCUGUGGUUUCACUGGUGGUAAUGUUGGCCAACAAACAAGCAUUUUCUUGUCAGGGCUCUAUGGCUAAGCUAACUCUUUGUUUAAGAAUUUAACUGACAGGGAAAAUAGCUAUCUUGCUACGUCCACAUGUAACAACAUCUUCAUAAAUCACCGAACUGACUCGAGUAGUGUUUUCCCAAGCUCGAGAAAUGUGAACCAGCACCCAACUGGCUUAGUUUAGCAGAAAGGACGAACACCGGUUGAAAAACAGCUAGCUUGACUCAUUUAAAGCUAACAAAUAUUGUCAAAAAAUAACUCUAAAGCUCACAAAGCCAAGAAACUUCCUGUUUCCUGUUACCAGGCUUUAUGGCUAAACUAACAUGUCUCGGCUUUAGCAUCUUACCGACAGGGAAACAGUUUGCCUGGCUCUGUCCACAAGUAACAUAAUCCUCCUAAAUGAUCCUCUAAAACUCACUAAUUCACUUAUUAUAGAGUGCUGCAGAUUGAUGUACUAUUGUAGGCAAACCUGGAAGUUAGCGUCGCCCUGGGUCUCUUGACAAAAAGCCAAUGGGAUUUUUAAAAAUUGGAUUUUGCAUUAUUGCAGAAAUUAAACUCUGGGGUGAACAGAAUUUUGUGGUUUUCUCACGUUUUGUUUAGCAAGAUAAUCUUCACAGAUGAACACCACUCUUUCUGAGGCGUAAAAUAAAUCACCAGAGGUGAAAAGCUAAAAUUGUGUUACUGGUGAUGUCACCGCAGCUAAACAUCUUACUGUGCUGUACUAUACACGCUUCACUGUAAAUUGCUCAAUCUACAACUUGUAAGACUCUUUAUGUUCAGCUUGAUGGAGUUUAAUAUCCCAGGCAACUCCUGUAGUCGCGUUUAGUCACUUGUUAGCAACCCCAACCUUUUUUUAAUACGUAAAUGCCAUUUAAUCCAAGAGUACGGACCUUAUUUCAUGCAGCUGACCAAAAACCUAUUUAAGAAAACCUGUUAACUUUCUGUCGAGGGAACCAGAAGAGCAAAAAUGCUAAAUUGCUUCUGGGUUUUAGGACUCAACCUGUAGGAGUCUUUAUCUUGAUGUGGUUGUUGUGGUUUUACAAGGAAAUUCUACUUUUUGGGCAGACACAGUGACUCGCUGUUUCCACCGUCUAUCAGAGGUGCGGCAGGUGGUUCUGGCGAAAGAUAGUUGAUUGUUGAGUACCAUUCCCACGUCGUCAAAUACCGAAUGUUUGGGUUAGAAUUUAGGGCUUAAUACUGACCCAAAGCAUCAGUAUUUGAUGACCAUGGGAAUGAGACAUGACAGUCGACUAUCUUUCUCCAGAACCGGCCGCACCUGCCUCGAAAUUCAAAGCUAAAGCCAAGCGACAGUUAGCUUAGCUUAGCCAGAAAACUGAAAACAGGAAAUAGCUAGUCCAAAGUUAAGAAACAGAGUCAUUUUUACAGUUUUUUUGGGUAUGGAACAAACAAACAAGACAGAACACAAUAAUUAGGGAGUUUAAGGGACAUGGGAAGGUGGACUUUGCAGGCUUGUCCCCCAUUUUUUUGCCAAGUCAAAUGAUUUUCCGCGCACAGUGACGAUGGUGGUAUCAAUCUUUUCAUCUCUUCAAGGUAGCCAAGCAUGUUUUCCAAAAUGUCAAAUUAUCCCUUUAAACAGGUGAACAUUUUGCGUCGAUCAUGUUCAGAUGCUUUCACGUGUUUUCUCAUGCUUGAUUUCCAAGUCGUAUCAUAUUUUUUUAGGUCGACUCCGUGUGCUGUUUUAGUUGGGACCUCAGUGUGAAUUAGUCUACAUCGCCCCCGAUUCAACCUGAAUACACACCGCGGGGGAGGGUCUGAUGUCCACAUUUGCGUGCUGCGUAAGUGGGAGGGAAAAAAAAAAGAAGAUGUUUCUUUAUCUGUGCUGUUGUUUCUGUUUGCGUGUUUUAUGAGGGGAGAGAGCAGUCACAAUUUUUAUUUGCCUUUGGUGGAGAAAUGUCUUGUGUUGUGGCUGUGGGUAGAAAUAACAGAAGGCCUCUUAAUGGUUUUUGAAUGUGACAUGAGAAAAAUUUGAUAGCAUAAAAGAGGUUUGUGGUUAGCUUAAAACUAUUUUGAAUUGUUAGAUAUAUCAAUAAUGAGGAUAAAUAUAAUGCCAAAUAUUCAGUAUUUGUACAGAAAUAUACAUAUAUAAAUAUAUAAUAUAUGCCUAAUUUAAAUGGAACUAUUUUCCGCUCUUGACCAUGUUUUUGUUGUUUAACAUUACUUUGUCAACAUUAUUUUAUAAGAUCUUCAGAUAGCAUGCAGGAUAGUGAAAAAUGAAUGUAUUAUUUAGUGUUUCAUUGCUGCUCAGUAUUACAGCAUCCUACAGCUCAGUUUGUGUUUGUAAGAUUAAUUUUCGCUGAAUAUUUCAUUUCUAGAUUUAUCUACAGAUGAUCUGUAAACUUUCUUUUUCUAAAUGCAAGGUUUUGAAAUGGUUUCAACGGUUUCUAUCAUUUUAUUAUUUGUUCCUGCUUUAUCAAUGUGGUUCGGUAUAUUUUUGCCCUCUUCUAUCAAAUACUGCUAUCAACCAUCUGUUGUAAAUAAUUAUGCAAAUUAAACUUUUUGGAGAAAACUGCACGGUCGUGAGAGAGCGUUUUUGAUUUGUGUCUUCAAAUCACUUUUGAGCAGGUAAAGAACACGCACUGCUGAUAGCCCCAGUGAUGGUGAACAUGAACUCCCAUGCAAUA